UAUAGUCAACACAGGCUGUGAUUAAGGCUAUGAAAAAAAUUCUCUCAAUCAUAUCACCUGUACAGGGAAGUUUUUUUUCCACUUGCACGAGACUGUUUUUUUGCCAGGUACUCAGAGUACUGAAUGAAUCUAAGCUCCGCCCAGUUUCAUCCUCUGAUAAAACAAAGAUGCACAGCUGUAGAGACCUCCUAGAGCAAGGCCACCCUCCUCUCCUCCUCUCUAGAGAUUAUUCCCGACCUGAUCCCUGUCACAAAAGAAGAGCUUCAAUUCACCUUAAACCUGCCUGGUAGUCUGAGCUCCGUUCCGACCCAAACACAAUGCGUCCUCUGAACGGAAGUGACUUUCUGGAUGGAGAGGACGUGCCGAGAGACGAGAUUUUGGCCAAAGUGGAGAUCGCGCUGCUCAGUGUGAUCUUCAUGAGCGCCGCCAUCCUCAACACAGUCCUGCUGCUCGUCCUGUGGAGACAGCGCAAACAGAUGUCCAGGAUGCGCGUCUUUGUCUUUCACCUGUGCCUGGCCGAUCUGGUGGUCGCUUUCUUUCAGGUGUGUCCGCAGCUCAUGUGGGACAUCACAGACAGAUUCGUCGGACCAGACCUGGUGUGCCGCCUGGUGAAGUACCUGCAAGUGCUCGGCAUGUUUUCAUCGACUUACAUGAUCGUGGUGAUGACAGUUGACAGAUACCAAGCUGUCUGCAACCCGAUGGUGAAGUUCCAGCGGACGCGCACAAGACUGAACAUCCCUGUGUGCGUCGCGUGGGGGAUUUCUGUGUUGGGCAGCUUGCCGCAGAUUUUUAUUUUCUCACAGGUCGAGGUUGCGCCCGGUGUGUUCGACUGCUGGGGAAAUUUUAUUCAGCCAUGGGGGCUGCAGACUUACAUAACCUGGACCACGCUGGUCAUUUUUGUUUUACCCGUUAUUACAGUUGUUGUUUGUCAAGUGCGCAUCUGCCGAGCCAUUCAGAUCAACCUGUACCAAAAGAUUCAACAGCAGGGAAAAGUCGGUCUCCCUUUUCCAUCCAGAGCCAACGGCGUGGCCGGCAUGUCCAAGGCCAGGGUGAAGACGCUGAAGAUGACGGUGGUCAUCGUGUUGGCCUAUAUUGUCUGCUGGACUCCCUUCUUCACUGUCCAGCUUUGGUCCGCCUGGGACACACAUGCGCCAAAAGAAACUGCGACUUUCACCAUCCUGAUGCUGCUGGCCAGUCUGAACAGCUGCGCGAAUCCCUGCAUUUACCUUCUGUUUAGCGGCCAGUUUCCCAAGAGGCUGCUGACGCUCCUGUGCCAGCGGCUGUCCGGCGGUAAGGACUCAAUGCAUGACGAGGCGACGCUGGUCAGCGCCGUGUACAUGAGCUUCAAAAACGUCUCCGAGUCUAAGUGAAGGCCACGCGUUAUGAUUUGGAAACG